ACUCAAUGCUGCCUCUCUCUGUACUUACUCAUAUGAUUCAUGAACAUGAACCAAGUUCUCUCUCUGAGCCUUGUGUUUGUACGCAUAUACUAGUUGACAAUCCACAUGAACUGGGUGGACUGUAGACUACACUAGAGUGUAAUAGUGCUGUGAAGUGUUGGUGGGCCCCAAGACCUAAAUUAGCUGCCUAGUGCACGUGACACCCUGGGAAGGAAGGAAUCGUCUAAAGGGCAUUUCAGAACACACGAGACCAUGCAUCUGGUCACUCUCUCCAAGGUGUCCAUCCUCUUCUUUGUGGGAUCAGUCACAUUCUGGUAUAUGGUCACGCCCUACAUCGUCCAACCCCAUCCAGGAAUCAUGCAGGACGUCUUGACCAAGACCAGCUUGAGUGGAAUGGACCGUCCAGCCUCUGGCGAUGGUUUGCUCACGGUUGAGAAUUGGACCAAGUGGAGGCUGUUUGUCAAUGGCACAGGGCCAACCAAAGCAGAUGCUCAACACGUGCCAGAAGUGAUAUUCGGCAACUCCAAACAACACCUCAAUGUGGAGGGAUCUCAGGUGGUUAUGAACAUGGAAUAUCGUCCGGAUUACGUGAUCCAUGUUCAGCAAAGCUCCAAGGAGGCGUUGGCAGUGGAACGAAGUGCUCCAACUGGCAGUGGGGCUGAUUGGGGGAUCUAUAACCAUUUCAUUGCUCAAGUCAGUUCAAAAAGUGGCAAGGUGGUCCAAGUGGUGCCCCGGUUUUUAUUUGGCAUGCCUUUUGACACCAUUGAGACCCUUUAUGGGACCGACGUGUCCAAGUUCCCUAUCGUGGGCGUGUUCACAAACUCGACUCGCUCGGAUCGGUUCAUCAUCCAGAUCUACAUGAAUUUGGUUACACUGUCUGUGAUCUUCUUGCUGUAUGCCAACAACCCUCCAGAAUCGAUUCGUACGGGACAAACAGCGUCACCCAAGAAGACCCAAUGAAGUCAUCGAUAACUAUUUAGCAUUAUUAUCGUCAAACAGAAAGAAACAUAGGCUGAGACAACGGAA